GGCUGGUGUAGCGAUCUUUGAUCUUGAUUUUGAUGCUAUCCUUGCUGCUAUGUAUGCUGUGACUUAUAGUGAGGAGAAUGAGGGUUACCGGUGUUUCCAGCCCGACCCGGGCAUUGGUACUGCUGCGCUAGGUGCUUAUGAGGCUGCUGCUCUAGGUGCCAGUGCGUCUGCGCUCUCAGGUACUGGUGAGACUGCGCUCUCAGGUACUGCGUCGUCCUCGUCCUCCCUCACUUUCACACUUGACUCCGGGGCUUCUCGCUCCUUCUUUCGAGACCGCACUACCCUUACGCCGCUCGGCCGGCCGGUUGCAGUCUCCCUUGCUGACCCCUCUGGGGGUCCUGUCCUGUCUCACUUCUCCACUGUCCUCCCGUGUCCGGCUGCCCCUUCGGGCACCCUGUCUGGUGUGUACCUUCCCUCGUUUUCUACGAACUUGGUGAGUGGCGCGGACCUGCAGGAUGUGGGGGUUCACCAGUUCACUCCUGCGAGUCAGCGGGUGACCCACUGCACGGAGGCAAGCACAGGCCGACACCCUGGCCACGUGGCUGCGUCAGGACCUUCCUGUGUCCCCUGUGUCGAGGGUCGCCUCCGGGCUACUCCUCACUCCUCCCACUUCCCCCCGACAGAGGCUCCCCUGCAGACGCUUCACAUGGAUGUGUGGGGCCCAGCCCCCAUCCGUGGGCAGGGUCACGAGCGCUACUUCCUGUUGGUGGUUGACGAUUACUCGCGUUACACCACAGUCCUCCCCUUGCGCAGCAAGGGUGCGGUCACUGAGGUGCUGAUCAACUGGAUCCGCGAGGCUCGUCUCCAACUCAGGAAGAGCUUCGGCUCGGACUUUCCUGUUCUGCGUCUGCACUCGGACAGGAGGCGGAGAGUUCUCUUUCUCGCCUUCUGCGAGGACUACUGUCGUGCACGGGGGAUCCGCCAGACCUUCACGCUUCCGGACUCACCACAGCAAAAUGGGAUUGCUGAGCGCCGCAUUGGCAUGGUCAUGGAUGUCGCUCGUACGUCCAUGAUGCAUGCGGCUGCCCCCCAUUUUCUGUGGCCGUUUGCGGUGAGGUACGCGGCGCAUCAGCUCAACCUUCACCCCCGGGUCUCUCGGCCUGCGAUGUCCCCAGCCUUGCUGUGGACGGGGAAGGUUGGCGAUGCGUCUGUGUUUCGUGUCUGGGGAUCUCGGGCGUUUGUCCGCGACUUGUCUGCGGACAAGCUGUCCCCUCGUGCUGCUCCCUGUGUCUUCCUUGGCUUCCCCACUGACGCCCAGGGUGGCAGUUUUACCACCCCUCCUCUCAUCGUGUUCUGUCCUCCCAGGACGUCACGUUCGACGAGUGUGUCCCAGGUAGACGCCGUUGACCCGGUCGAGGUUACUGGUGACUCUGGUGCUGAGCCUGGGGGUGCUGACUCUGGGGGUGCUGUGCGCGGGGGUGCUGAGCCUGGGGGUGCUACUGCUGGGGGUGCUGGGCCUGGGGGUGCUACUGCGGAGGGUGCGGAGCCUGGGGGUGCUGAGCCGGGGGGUGCUGUGCCUGGAGCUGCUGAGUCUGGGGGUGCUGAGCUGGGAGUUGCUGAGCCUGGGGGUGCUGCGUCUGGAGCUGCUGAGCCUGGGGGUUUCUCCUGCUGCUUGCGUCUCGCCGCGAGCCCCUCUCUCCACAGGAGCUGCGCGAGUGGUUCGCUCGCCGCUGGAGGCGUGCUGCUGAGUCUGGAGGUGCUGCUGGAGCUGGAGCUGGAGCUUCUUCGACCGUCGAGGGUGCGGGUGCUGCCGGUCCCGGAGCUGCUGGACCUGCGGGUCCUCCUGGAGCUGGAGCUGCUGAGGGCGUUGGUGCUGAGCCUACUGCUGUUGGUCCUGCCGCUGGAGGUGUGGGUGGCGCUGGUGCUGUCGCUGAGGGUGCUGGUGCUGUCCCUGCUGAGUCUGGAGCUGCCGCGCGGCCUCGGCCGUACUUCGUUCCGCUCCUGCAGCAGGUUCUUGUCGGACUCUCUUCGUGCUGCCAGUCCUACUGUCACGCGUCUGCUUGCUACUGUCGUCACUGACCCCUCUUUUGAGUCCACUGCUGCGUCUGCUCUAGUCGCUAAGCUCGUCGACUUUGCUGCUCGCUGUCGUCUCGACUACGCUGCUAGUCUUGUUGCUGAGUCUGCGUCUGUCUGUCCUCCGUCCGUCGGGGGUGAGUGUGCUCUUAGCACGGACGUCCUAGAGGACAGGCAGGAGGAGUUCCAGUGUCUAGCGGCUGCUUCACCUCAUCUCGCGUCUGUACUGCUUGCCCCUGAGGGAGACCCGGAUGCACUAGACAUCCCGACUCCGCGUUCUUACGCGGAGGCCGUAGAGGGUCCCUACUCCUCUCAGUGGCAGGCAGUUAUGGAUGCAGAGAUGGCUUCCUGGAAGUCCACAGGCACCUACGUUGACGCGGUUCCCCCUCCUGGGGCGAACAUCGUCAGUGGCAUGUGGAUCUUCAGGGUGAAGCGGCCGCCGGGCUCUCCACCUGUCUUCAAGGCACGGUACGUUGCUCGUGGCUUCAGUCAGCGGCAGGGAGUUGACUACUUUCAGACCUUCUCUCCCACCCCGAAGAUGACUACUCUUCGGGUGCUGCUGCACAUAGCCGCUCUGCGCGACUACGAGCUUCACUCUCUCGACUUCAGCACUGCGUUCUUGCAGGGUAGCCUGCACGAGGAGAUCUGGCUUCGCCGUCCACCUGGCUUCACUGGGACUUUCCCUCCUGGCACCCAGUGGAGCCUCCGACGGCCAGUCUACGGUCUCCGCCAGGCACCGCGUGAGUGGCACGACACACUGAGGACUACGCUUGCGGCUCUUGGGUUUGCUCCUUCUACUUCUGACCCGUCGCUGUUUCUUCGCACCGACACUUCCCUGCCGCCGUUCUACAUCCUCGUGUACGUCGACGACUUGGUCUUUGCCACAGCGGACACUGCUGGACUCGCCUACGUGAAGUCCGAGCUGCUGAAGAGACACACGUGCACAGACCUGGGUGAACUGCGCAGCUACCUUGGCUUGCAGAUCACUCGGGACAGAGCUCGCCGCACCAUUACCUUGACUCAGUCACACAUGGUGCAGCAGGUCCUUCAGCGCUUCGGCUUCACGUACUCCUCGCCUCAGGCCACUCCUCUGCCUACUUGCCACUCACUCUCAGCUCUGCCUUCGGAUGAGUCCGUAGAGUCGAGUGGUCCGUAUGCAGAGCUUGUUGGCUGCCUCAUGUACCUGAUGACCUACACACGACCUGACCUUGCAUACCCUCUGAGCAUUCUUGCACGCUAUGUUGCUCCUGGGAGACACAGACCAGAGCACAUGGCUGCAGCGAAGAGGGUAUUGCGCUACCUGUGCAGUACGUCGGGCAUGGGGCUAGUGCUUGGAGGGCGGAGUCCAGUGGUCCUUACCGGCCACGCGGACGCUUCUUGGGCUGACGACCAGGCUACGCAGCGGUCGUCACAGGGUUACACCUUCAGCCUUGGUUCCGGCUCUGUCUCGUGGCGGUCUACUCGCUCGUCUUCGGUUCUCGGCUCCAGUUGUGAGGCUGAGAUCUACGCCGGGGCCAUGGCUGCACAGGAGCUUCGCUGGCUCACCUACCUGCUGACUGACCUUGGAGAGCCGCCUCGUUCUCCUCCCGUGCUGUACGUAGACAACAAGGCCAUGCUGGCUUUGUGUCGAGAGCAGCGCUUGGAGCACAGAACGAAGCACAUUGCUCUCCGCUACUUCCUUGCUCGUGAGCUGCAGCAGCGUGGUCAGUUGCGACUUGCGUUCGUGGCCUCUGAGGCCAACACUGCUGAUGUGUUCACCAAGGCACUCGCGCCUUGUGACCAUCAGCGCUUUUGCACACAGCUGGGUCUUGUGCCUGUCUUGCCUCACUUGCUCUCCUCUUGA